CCUGCUGCCAACAAACAGCUGCUUAAACAAAACGAAAACGUAAACGCAAAAUUAGUUAGUUUAUUAUUUCUCAUUUCAGUCCAAAGCACAAAACUAAUAUUAACAAAUAAUAAGAGUGAGAGAGCAAACUAAUUGACUGCAAGUCACACCUGUGGCCACGUGAUACGAUUUCGACGUAAAGGUGAAAAACUGCAGUAGAGGAAUUGACAAAAAAAAAAAAGAAGAAAAAUGGCAAACUAUGACAAAAUCUCAAGCAUCUGUUUCCUGAUUUGGCUAAUCCAAGCAAAUGUAUCUCAAUCUAUUGCCGUGGCAGAGAAUCAAAGUUCGUUGCGUUAUCUACAGAAUGUGGAAAACCAUAACAACGAGCGACUGCAACAAAUAUUAAAGGGAGGCGGCGGCGGCAUAAGCGAAAUCAAUUGGCCACAAAUUCAAACCAAACAGGCCUUACCUGAUAUCAAAGCUGAAUUGGCCAAACUAAAUACCACCUUUGUCUAUCAGAAUGAUUGGCCAGCGAACAAAGUGAAAUUGGGUGCUGUAACAGCUGUAAGCUUCGAUAAGGCUGGCAAUGUGGUCAUCUUUCAUCGCGUGGAUCGCAUCUGGGGACCCAGAACCUUUGAUAAUGCCAAUGUAUAUAGAGAGAACUUUCGUGGACCAAUCAAAGAGAAUACCAUUCUGGGUCUAGAGCCGGCUACUGGUCAAGUUCUCUACGAAUGGGGCAAAAAUUUCUUCUACAUGCCUCAUGGAUUGACAGUGGAUCCCGAGGAUAAUGUGUGGGUGACUGAUGUGGCCAUGCAUCAGGUAUUUAAAUUUCCUCCACGCGGUGGUAAUGCUUCCAAGGCCCAGCCCUUGCUCACCUUGGGCACUGCAUUCCAGCCCGGUUCGGGCAAACAGAAAUUCUGCAAGCCCACCUCGGUGGCUGUGCUCAUUAAUGGAGAUUUCUUUGUGGCCGAUGGUUAUUGUAAUGCACGCAUCCUUAAAUACACUAAGGCGGGCGAAUUGAUCUUAACUUGGGGACAGAAUUCCUUUUCGGGUGUAUCCUAUGAUAUAGCACCACAAAAUUACUUUGCCAUUCCUCAUGCUUUGACCUUGGUGCCCGAAUUGGAGCUUUUGUGUGCAGCUGAUAGAGAAAAUGGCCGAGUUCAAUGUUUCUAUUCGUCUAAUGGAACAUUCCAUUCCCAAUAUCACAAUCCUUUGAUUGGAGAGCGUUUAUUUAGCAUGGCCUAUACACCAGCACAGGGAGGCGAAUUGGUAAUUGUGAAUGGACCCACCUCAGAAAUGGGUGAGAAUCCCCAACAUUAUAACGAAGUCCAUGGAUUUGUUUUGAAUAUGCGUACAAAACAAUUAAUUUCCAAAUUUGGACCAAAUAAUCAACAAUUCGAGAAUCCUCACGAUGUGGCCGUCACAUCAGAUGGCAAUGAAAUCUAUGUGGCCGAGUUAAAUCCCACGCGUAUACAUAAAUUUGUGCAUAAAUCAUUGGCCAAACCCAUGUCAAUGACGGCCAUCAAGGAGACGAAUCUAGCACAUGACGAAUCCUCAACGAAUACCGCGUCACCCAAUGGUAGCGGUGGUGGUGGUGGUGGUGGUGGUGGUGGGGAACAUCAUCCCAGUGCCAAAGCCAUUAUAGUGGCCUCACUUAUGUUACUUUUUGCUGGAUCCACAUUUGCUUUGGCCCUGAUUGUUCAGGCAAGGCGCCGGAAACGAGGUGGUUGCCUUCCCUUUGGCGCUCACAGUCGACGUCAUGCCUGGGAGAAAAAAGAAGGCUUUAAGUUGGGUGGCCUACUAGAUAGGGAUCGCAAUCGUAAUGGUUUCGAGAAACUGGAUCAAAAUGCCAGUGACGAGGAGCACGAGACAACAACGACGACGACAGCAACAACAACUCCAACACUUUCCAGUGCCCAAUUUGCUUAGGGCACACCAAGACCAAGAAGACUUAUUAUGUAAAGCUAAACUUAUACUAUAAAAAAACCGAAAAACACACACAUUCCUAGAUGUAGUUUUAACUACCUGUACCUCAGUGAAUUUAUUUAGACUAUUUUACAAUCGAUUAUAUAUAUAUAUUUUACACACUCGCUAUGAAGUACAGGUGAAAAAGUUAA